CCCGCGCCGAUCCCCGCCGCCGUGCAGAUCCCCGCUCGUCCCAGCCGCCGUCCACGCAGCAGCCAUGCCGCCGUACACCGUGGUCUACUUUCCAGUUCGAGGCCGCUGUGAGGCCAUGCGCAUGCUGCUGGCGGACCAGGGCCAGAGCUGGAAGGAGGAGGUGGUGACUUUGGAUACCUGGCUGCAGGGUUCACUCAAGGCCUCCUGUUUGUAUGGGCAGCUCCCCAAGUUCCAGGAUGGAGACCUCACCCUGUACCAGUCCAAUGCUAUCCUGAGGCACCUGGGUCGUUCUUUUGGGCUGUACGGAAAAGACCAGCGGGAGGCUGCCCUGGUGGACAUGGUGAAUGAUGGUGUGGAAGACCUUCGCUGCAAAUACGUCAAGCUCAUCUACACCAAUUAUGAGGCGGGCAAGAACGACUAUGUGAAGGAACUGCCUGGGCAGCUGAAACCUUUUGAAACGCUCCUGUCCCAGAACCAGGGUGGCAAGGCCUUCAUCGUGGGUGACCAGAUCUCUUUCGCUGACUACAACUUGCUGGACUUGCUGUUGAUUCACCAGGUCCUGGCACCCAACUGCCUGGAUGCCUUCCCCUUGCUUUCAGCCUAUGUGGCACGCCUCAGUGCCCGGCCCAAGAUCAAGGCCUUCCUGGCCUCCCCUGACCAUGUGAACCGGCCCAUCAAUGGCAAUGGCAAACAGUGAGGGCUGUGGGGCCCCUCAGAGGAGGCAGUUGUGGCUUGCCUCUCUUUCUCCAGGAUCAAUAAAAUUUCCAAGACAGAA